AUGCAUCUCGUUUCACGAUGGCCUUCUUUUGGAUUCAUUGCUUUGUUCCUGAUCAUCCACACAGCGGACGCCCUCUUUCCUCAAAGACCUCUGCCGCCGGUGCCGGACCGCAAGUUCGUGGGCAAUAAGCCGGUCCACGUCUGCAACGGCUCCGAGCCCAACUCCGGCGUUGCCUACUUUGACCAGCUGCUCGACCACUCGUCCACCAAGACGUCCAGCUGCAAGCCCCAGCGCACGUUCAAGCAGCGCUACUUUUGGUCCAAUGCCACCUGGGGCGGGCCCGGCUACCCCGUCAUUGUCACGACGCCGGGCGAGACCGCGCUCGAUCCAUACUGCAGCUUCCUCUUCCCACCGUCCCUCGUGGCCCAGAUUGCCGCGCGUGUCCACGCAGCCGUCCUCGUCGUCGAGCACCGCUACUAUGGCGAGUCGUCGCCGUUUCCGCGGUUGACGACACAGACGCUACAGCACCUGACGCUGCACAAUGCCAUCCAUGACAUGACGUACUUUGCGCGCAACGUGCAACUGCUGUUUGAUCCCACAGCCGGCACCAGCAAGCGAAGCAACGCACCGAAUGCGCCCUGGAUCUUGUCUGGUGGCUCGUAUGGUGGCGCACUCGCCGCAUGGACGGCCUCUCUGGCUCCCGACACCUUCUGGGCCUACCACGCAUCCAGCGCCCCCGUCCAGGCCGUCUACAACUUUUGGCAGUACUUUGAGCCCAUCCGCGCCGGCAUGCCCGCCAACUGCAGCCGCGACCUCGCCGACAUCACGGCAUAUGUCGACCACGCAACGACGACACUGCCACCGGCUGCCUUGGCCGCCUUCAAGGACGAAUGGGGUCUCGCGGAGCUGACCGACCCGAUUGACUUUGCCAGCGCCUUGGUGAUAGUCACGCAGACAUGGCAGGACAAUAAUCUCAAUACAAACUACACGCAAUUCUACCAAAUGUGCGACGUCAUUGAAGGAUACGGGACUGGGCUCCUAAAUGCAUCCUCCUCCGGCAAGAGCAGCCGCGUCACACGAGCCAUCGGGGCCAACACGGACAUUGCCACGAAGGUCUCCAAUGUCGCCAAGUUCUUCAAGAAUAAGGUUCUCCCGGGAUUCUGCUACGACAUGUUUGGAUACGACGAGUACGCCCCACACAACAACACCAAAGCGCCAGUGGCCGCCUGUCUGAACAGCAUGAAUACCAGUAGUAUCCUUUUCACCGACAGAGCCGUCAACAACUCGUAUGCCGUACAGUGGACCUGGAUGCUCUGCAACGAACCCUUUGACUACUACCAGACCGGCUCGACGCCACUGGGGGUUCCCGCCAUUGCCUCGCGGCUCUUGACACCCGAAUACUUCCAGCAACAGUGUGCUGUUUUGUUUGGGCCGAACAGCGCCGAGUUCCUGCCCACCCUGGCUGCUAGUGGAGGACAACAUCCGGUGAGCGUUGGCGCCAUCGCAGCCCAGGCCAACACAUACGGCUCUGCUACCGGCAAGACCGUAGACAUGCUGAACGCUGUCACGGGCGGGUGGGACUUUAAUGCCAAGCGUGUUCUCUGGGUCAACGGCGAGUUCGAUCCGUGGCGUCCUGCCUCCGUAUCGAGCGCCUUCCGGCCGGGGGGUCCCCUCCAGUCGACGCCCGACUCGCCCGUCAUUCUCAUCAACGGCGGCCGGCACUGCGAGGACAUGAAUACUAGGAGUAAUGGCACCUACAUGGCCACGGUCCGUGCCCAGGAGGUCGCCCAUAUGGCGAGGCCAGAACCGGACGGUACCCAGGCUCCUGACAAGGAAAAGUCAGUAGGCGGUCCAAGGUCGUCGUCGACCACGGUCUCGUGCAACAGCUACCUCGGAAAAUAA